AUGUCGAUGUUUCGCAGACCAGGAGAAGACUCAUCUUCAACAUCCGAAGCGUCCUAUGAUGAGACGGACAAUGAUGACACAGGUGCAUCGCAUCAAGAUAGUGUCCUCUCGCGAAUUCAGACCCUCGACUCAGCAGCCUCCACGCAAUCUGGUCAGAGACCAACACUACCAAGCCUUGAAAUGCGGCAAAAUUCUACCCAAAAUGUUCGAGAUCUGAUGCUUCACGCGCUGCUGGAAGAAAAGGCACUUGCAGCCGCAGCACAAAAGCUUGGCAAAGAUGUCUCCGAUCCGGACGUUCAAAGGAUGGGCCGAGAAGCCUAUCAGGAAAUCGCACGUCAGAUAUCCAACAAUGUCGACGACACGUAUGCCGGCGAGGAAAUGCGAAACCAUCGAGCAACUGCACAGGAGGGCAUCAGCAAACUUACGCGCAAUAACUUGAGCCGACUUGUAGCUGUACCUGAAGGAGCUGCAUUUUCUCAAGCCUUGGCCUCGCGGGCUCGGAAUGGUCUCUCCAUGGAUCUCCCUCGACAACCGUCAACUGGAUUCGACAUACUCUCAGGCAUUCAUGCGCCCACCGAACUGCAGCUGCGUGGCUACCCUGGGUUGCAGACAGAUCGCUACGCUCGCGAAUUUUCAGAACUUGGAAUUGUUGGUAAAGGUGGAUAUGGAAAGGUUUUCAAAGCGAAACACAAGCUCGAUGGCUCAUUCUACGCUGUCAAACGUAUUCCCGUAAGUCCUGCUAAGCUGGCAAAGAUACAGCAUCACGGCUCAGAGGAGCUUGAGAACAUGCUUCAAGAGGUCCGGUCACUAGCUCGAUUCGACCACACUAACGUGGUACGGUACCACAACGCCUGGCUGGAGUUCACGACGGCGCCAAUCGAUGAAACAAUAGUGCCGACGAGUACUCUGUUACGAGAAGAUCGGUUACUUGAGAAUGUGGCUGUAACCUCGGCAGAGCUGCCAUCUCGGGACGAAUUGCACACGAAUAUCGACGACCUUUUCCUUAGUGACCCAUUCGAGAGAGCCAAUGACAGCUAUGGAGAUGGUAUUGUCUUUGAGACAAGCGAUACGGGUGCACAUGCGGACUCUGCGAAAAGCGAGGCCGAGCAUAUGUCCUACAAGGCUCAAUUGAGAAAAUCGUCGCGGCGUAAAGCCCGGCGUGGAAGCCAAGCGAGCCAGGCAACAAUCGCAACAAUAUCGUCUACCAAAUCGCGUAUGAGCGCUGUGGAGGAUGUUGAUGAAGAAGAGGAAGAAGAAGAUGUUGAGAUGAUUCCAAGAUCACACAUGCACUACACAUCGGAAGUCACGGAGAGCAUGGUCACACAAAGCGAUGCUCCUGAUCGCCUCAUCCCACUACGCCAUGUCGGCCCGAUGUUGACGCUCAACGUACAAAUGAGUCUAUGCGAAACGAACCUUGCAGCGUUCUUAUCAGCUGAUCGAUCAAAUACCGAUUCGCUACCAAUUGGCCGACACUGCUUCCACCCAUGCUUGUCGCUCGAGCUCUUCUUGAACAUCAUCUCAGGUGUCGAGUACUUGCACGCGCAAGGCGUAGUACAUCGGGAUCUGAAGCCGGCUAAUGUCUUCCUAUCCCUUUCUUCCGCGCGCCAUCCACCCUACGGCUCCGUCGACUUAUCGACUUGUAAGGUAUGUCCAAAGCGCGGCUGCUUGCACAUUACACCGCGCAUUGGUGACUUCGGGCUCGUAGCAGCACUCGAUGAUAGUUGCUUGGAUAUUGGUGCGAUCAGUAAGCCAGUCGGCACCGAAUUUUAUCGUCCGGACACCAGUCUUAGGAUCAACGAGAAGCUGGACGUCUUCGCACUUGGAGUGAUGGGGUUCGAAAUGCUGGAAGCUUUUGGGACCCGGAUGGAACGCGCUGCUGCACUUGCUGACCUUCGCCGUGGAAAGUUCCCGGACGACUUUUCACGGAAGAUAGAGAAUGUGGGCGACGAGGUGCAAUCGCUACUCAGUAGCAUGCUCCAUGCGGACGAGCAACAGCGACUUGGCUGCGAGGAUGCGAGGAGAGAGAUCGGGAACGUGGUUCAGUCCUUGAAAGCAUAA